GAUGGGGGUGGGUCGAGGCGCGGCUCCGACAAGAUCAGGUCGGCGGCUGCUACCGCGAAGGUGGCUAGAGAACGGUCGAGCUUCUGCGACCCGGGGCGGAGCUCUGCGAUCCAAGUGCCCUGCUCGCCAAGCGAGGUGGGCGGGCGGCUCGGGACCAUGGCCAGGGCCGGCAUGGAGCGGUGGCGUCACCGCCUGGCACUGGUGACGGGAGCCUCGGGGGGCAUCGGCGCAGCCGUGGCCCGGGCCCUUGUCCAGCAAGGACUGAAGGUGGUGGGUUGUGCCCGCACCGUGGGCAACAUCGAGGAGCUGGCUGCUGAAUGUAAGAGUGCAGGCUAUCCUGGGACUUUGAUCCCCUACAGAUGUGACCUGUCAAGUGAGGAGGACAUCCUUUCCAUGUUCUCGGCUGUCCGCUCUCAGCACAAUGGUGUGGACAUCUGCAUCAACAAUGCCGGCUUGGCCCGGCCUGACACCCUGCUGUCAGGCAGCACCAGCGGCUGGAAGGACAUGUUCAACGUGAACGUGCUGGCCCUCAGCAUCUGCACACGGGAAGCCUACCAGUCCAUGAAGGAGCGGAAUGUGGACGAUGGACACAUCAUUAACAUCAACAGCAUGGCUGGCCACCGAGUGUCACCCAAUUCGGUGGUUCAUUUCUAUAGCGCAACCAAGUAUGCUGUCAGUGCGUUGACAGAGGGACUGAGGCAAGAGCUUCGGGAGGCUCAGACCCACAUCCGAGCCACGUGCAUCUCUCCGGGCGUGGUGGAGACACAAUUCGCCUUCAAACUCCUCAACAAUGACCCUGAGAAGGCAGCUGCCACCUAUGAACACAUGAAGUGUCUCAAACCUGAGGAUGUGGCUGAGGCUGUCAUCUACGUCCUCAGCACUCCCCCACAUGUCCAGAUUGGAGACAUCCAGAUGAGGCCCACGGAGCAGGUGACCUAGUGUCCUGUGGGGAGCUCCUCCUUCCCUCCCCACCCCUCACGGCUUGGCUCCUGCCUCUGGAUUUUAGGUGUUGCUUUCUGGAC